AUGUCAGCCAGAAAGGGCUAUCUUCUCCCCUCGCCAAAAUACACCACAAUAAUGUCAUGUUCGGACAGCCCGUCAGGGAAUGCGUUUUUAGUGGAUUCUCUUAUCAAUGGCCGCACCGAGGGCGGCGGAGGGCACUACCCGGGGAGCGCGGUGUGUGUGCCCCAUAGCACCGCCACAGAAGUGCCUUACGGACUACACAACUAUGGAUACUUCCCAGGUAUGGGUAAGCGGAGCGAGGUGGGUCCCCAAAACAUGGUUACCGCUUCAGGCGCGUACAUGUCCAGCAUGGAGAUGUGGAUGGACGCGCAGAGGUCAUGUCGAAUGGACCAAGAGCAGCCGGUAGGUCCUCAGGUCGCGCCCUGCUCGUUCCCGCAAAACAUUAAGGAGGAGAGCAACUACUGUCUCUAUGAGCCGCCGAAAUGCCCCAAAGCCUCCACCGCCGAAGAUCUCACGUAUUCGAGGUUAACUACGACCGGCUCUGGGUCGGGUUCGUGUACAGUGACGGAUGGUGGCGGCGGGGGCUCAGUGCCUGUGCCGGGCUACUUCCGCUUGUCUCAGACGCACGCACAUUCUCAUAAACUUUACAACAACGGCCCCCAGCCGAACCCUUCCCAUUCUCAUUUUGGCCUACACCCCCCUGCUCCUGCUCGCUUCCACACGCCACCAACCCCGACCUCUUCUGCUCCAGCCACGGCGCAGGAAGGGAGGAACACCGAGGAGCCUGUCUCCUCGGGAAACGCAGCCCUGCAGCCUCACGCCGCACCGGGAGACGAGGAGGCACGGGAGUCCUCAGACGCAGAAGCCUCCUCUGCUGAAGAGGCAGAGGAGCUUGACAAGGAGAGACCAGCAAAAGCCACUAAAGGAGACACAAAAAGUGAAAAUACAGCCAACUGGCUGACAGCAAAAAGCGGUCGGAAGAAAAGAUGUCCGUACACCAAGCACCAGACACUGGAGCUGGAGAAGGAGUUUCUCUUCAACAUGUACCUGACCCGAGAGCGCCGCCUAGAGAUCAGUAAGAGCGUCCACCUGACGGACAGACAGGUCAAAAUCUGGUUCCAGAACCGCAGGAUGAAACUGAAGAAAAUGACAAGGGAAAACAGGAUCCGGGAGCUCACCUCCAACUAUGGCUUUUCGUGAUGAACGAGGUGAUCAAUUUGAAAUAGCUGAGAAUUGAUGAAAUGAAUGACUCCCCUGAUCUUUUCCACUAUAGACUCAAAUUUCAUUAUGGGGCACAUCUUUUUUUCCACACAAGCUUAAUGUCAAUGCAUCGUCCUCUGUGAGCUACUGAAAAAGAAGAAAAAAAAAGAAUUGUGAAUGUUAUCGGUUCUCCUUGUUUUUUUUUUUAUUUGUUUUUUUUUAUUAUUAUUCAUGUUGUUGUGUUUUUGUGUUGUUGAUUCGUUUCUGUCACUUCUGUCGUCCCGUUGGAUAGAUGUCGUCAGUGGAGUUAAAUGAAUGCAACCUAAAAACACAGUCGUGCCCUGGGACGAGGCUUAAAAAGCCUACGUACUCCUUUUUUUCUCGCAAAAAGUCUACUUCCAAAUUGAGUCGUCCAAAUAUAAAAUAUGUUAAUUUUUGUUCAAUUGGAAUUGCAUGGUGUACCAUUAU